CAGAAAGUGUUGUAGUUAGCUACAUUUCCUGUCCUGGGGAAGCUUGCAUUCACAGAGGACAGUGUUGUCUGGUUGCUAUUGAUGGAUAACCCUGUCUAUUGUUGUAGUCGAUUCAUUGAGCUCUUGUACUGAUGCUGAUCCUCACCCAGUGUUGCUUGCUUUCAGUCCGCUUCUCUUCUCUCCACUCCAUCCUUCGAUCGCAGAACGUUCCCACUACCGCGUUUCCCCUGACAGACAGAAAGAAUCCUAGCCAGAGAGAUCGCUGCUGCGGUCGUAUUUCAGAAUGGCGUCUGGAAAUUUCUAUUCCCCCGGGCAGUUUAUGAACCCGGGUCCUGCCCCUCGUCCUCCGACAGAGCGCCCGCCCCUGAGUGUGAACCCUAGCAUGUCGAGCGUGUCGACCUCGUUCAGUCAGAUGAGCAUGAAUUCACCAAGCACUCCGUCGCUUUCGAUCUUCCCCAAUACCAGCAGUAUGUCUGUUGGCACCAACAAAUCCAAUCAGUCUGGCUCAGGAGGUUUCGCCGUCAUCAAGGAAGGAUAUGUCAGGUGCAAGGAGGACAAGUUCCUGGCCAGCUGGAACCAGCGCUACCUGGUCCUGCGCGAAUUCCGUCUGGAUUUCCUCAAGAGUGAGACUGGAAAGGUCGUCCUGUCAAUUCAGCUGUCCACCGUGACGGGAGUGACCCGCUCGGAAGACAGCAAGAUGGCGUUUGAAAUUACUCGUCUCGCUAAUCCUAAGGACGUGUCCUCAAAAUCGGGACUGAUGACACGCGAUGUGCCCACCAAGACGAUUACAUGUGAAGUGAAGAAUGAUGACGAGAUCUACGACUGGAUUGACAAGAUCUACGAACGCUGCCCCGGAAUGGGAGGAGUCAGUAAUCCCACGAACUUCAGUCACCGUGUCCAUGUCGGUUUCGAUCCGCAGACAGGUGCUUUCGUGGGCCUUCCGUCUGAAUGGGAGAAAUUGUUGACUGCAUCUGCCAUUACAAAGGAGGACUACAAGAAGAACCCUCAGGCCGUCAUCGAGGUCUUGGAAUUCUACUCGGACAUCAAGAUGCGCGAACAGAACCCGCAGUACUUCCAGAACGGUGCAGCCACCCCUGGCUCCGGCUCUCAGUCGAUGCAGAGUGUGGGCAGUUCCAUUGCGCCUCCCCGGCCGCCGCCACCAGGGCCUUUGCAACGUCUGGACACUUCCUCAUCUGGAAGACUGGGCAGUGUUUCGAGUGCUUCGUCACCUCAGUCCCAGCGACGGCCCUCCGAGGCUGAUCAGGAAUACCGCCGUCGGGCAGAAGAGGAGGCGCGCCGACGCGAGCAGGAGCGUCUUGAACAGGAGGAAUACAAUGCAUCUCUUCCCAAGACUCGUGUUCCCCUGGCCAAGCAGGAGCUUGGUGGCUACGGCGCGUCGGAUAGCGAUCCCAGCAUGAACAACAGAUACAACCCGAGCCGUCCAGCUCCUCAGGCGCCUGGGUCUGCUGCUCGACAGCAACCCCCGAGACAGAUGACUGCUCAGCGUCCUGCACCGUCUCCGCCGACUGCUCAAAACAAUGGACAGAGACCGGCCAAUGGUCAAGCAGCGCCGCAUCCUCUGCAGUCAAAUGAGCGCCAACCUUCUCCCAACCCGGCCACCCGCGCGCAGAAUGGCGUCAAGCCUCAGGGUCAAGGCCCGCCUCCCACGAAACUGCCGACUCCGGUGCAGGCUGUGAAGCCAUUGAACAUUGCCAAUAAGCAGAAUGCGAACAAGAACGCUGUUCCCGAUGGUGUCCGACAGGCAGAGGCUGCAUUGUCGAAGAAGGCGGAGCCGAGCAAGAAGGAGGUCCGCAUGUCGAACAUGACCGAGAACGAGGUCAUGGAGAGACUCAAGGCAGUUGUCUCCAAGGAGAACCCCACCGAGUCAUACAGUAAGCAGCGGAAGAUCGGACAAGGUGCCUCUGGUUCCGUGUACGUUGCUCGUAUCAAGGAGAACGCAACCUCGCCCGUGGCGCGUGAGAUGUACCGCACCUAUGGUCCUCGAGGCCAGGUUGCUAUCAAACAGAUGGAUCUCCGUAGCCAGCCACGCAAGGAAUUGAUUGUCAACGAGAUUAUCGUCAUGAAGGACAGCCAGCACCCCAACAUUGUCAACUUCCUUGACUCGUUCUUGCAGGAGCAGAACAACGAACUCUGGGUGGUGAUGGAGUUCAUGGAGGGUGGUGCUUUGACAGACGUUAUCGACAACAACCCUGUUAUCCAGGAGGACCAAAUCGCCACGAUCUGUUUAGAGACUUGCAAGGGUCUGGCCCACCUGCACAGUCAGAACAUCAUUCACCGUGAUAUCAAGAGUGACAACGUCCUCCUUGACCGUGUUGGAAAUGUCAAGAUUACUGAUUUCGGUUUCUGCGCCAAGUUGACCGAGUCAAAGAGCAAGCGUGCCACCAUGGUCGGCACACCAUACUGGAUGGCCCCUGAAGUCGUCAAGCAGAAGGAGUAUGGUCCCAAGGUCGACUGCUGGUCGCUCGGUAUCAUGGCGAUCGAGAUGAUCGAGUCUGAGCCACCGUACCUCAACGAGGAGCCUCUGAAGGCGCUGUAUCUCAUUGCCACCAACGGCACCCCACGACUGAAGAAGCCGGAGAAGCUUAGCAAGGAGCUCAAGUCCUUCUUGAGCGUUUGCCUGUGCGUCGACGUGCGCAGCCGUGCCACUGCUGACGAACUGCUUGCGCAUGAGUUCCUGAAGAUGGGCUGCAGUUUGGCCAGCCUGGCUGAACUGCUCCGCUGGAAGAAGAACAGCGGACAGUAAAUAUAGACGGUGGUGGGCCUGUGACAGACUUCGGACAACAGUGCUUGCUCAUCGGAUAUGUUUGCCUGUCUGCAGAACUUGACCACUUCCACGCGUCGAGUCUCAAAUUUUCGACUUGAUCUUCAUAUACAUAUUGGACUCCGAUCUCAUCCGCCUCAUCUUCUCGGGCCCUCAACUUUUUUUUCCCUCUCUCCUUUACGACUUGCGUUUGAUAAAAGACUUCUGGCAUGAUAUCCAAACUACAAUUUGUCUUCUGAAAACUACA